UCUUGACAUUCUACGUCACUUUUAUAAACACAAACGAGUCACAGGUAUCAGGUAUUCCAUAUUUAUUUAAUUAAAAAUGGAGAAUACAGAAACACAAGUUACUAUUAAAAAACCGGGGAGAGUUCUUCAUUUUAGUGAUGGCGUUGAAGAAGAAAUAGAAACUGAAGAAGCUAGUGAAUUAGCUUGCGAACCCGAGGAAUCCGAAGUGGAUCCGAAAUCCUUAACAUGGGGUCCUUGGUUCUCUCACUAUGCUUGGAAGUCUGGCAGCAAGGUCCUUAAUGCAGUGGAUUAUGCAGGGGAAUCUUUAGCUGGCUUCUUUGGCAUAACAACUCCUAAAUAUCAAUUAGAAAUAUCUGAAUAUGAAAGAAUGAAGGAGGAAAAAAGAAAGAUGGAUGAGGAGACGGCCGGCUGGGUACCUAAGAAUGGGGGUGGAGAUAUACCAUUAGUUUUAAACGAACCAGGGAAAGAAAUUGAAAAGGCUGAGGAAGUGUGAUAGUAUUAACUGAAUAAUAAAUUAUUGAACUUUUUGACUUGUCUACUUUUGAUUGCAAACAGUAGAGUUUGUUAGACAUUUAGGGGCAAGUAUGACAAUGCUCUUUGGAUGCUUAAACUAUGGUUAAAUUAUACAUAAUAAUUAUUAUUAUUAAAUUUUUGGCAUGGUAAUUUGGAUGUCAACUUUAAUGCUCUAUGAGUGAAGCUCUAUUAUAAUAAUGAAAACACAUAUUGUGAGUCUUAGCAGAGACAAGCAAAUUAUGAACACAACACAGUAUCAAAUAACAUUAUUAUGAACUCCUUGAAAUAGUUUUGCAUACUUUCCUUAUUUUCAGUAUUUUCAGUAGUUUGUCAAGUAAUGUAAUAUUUUAGUUGACUGUUCGGUUUUUGUUUUGUCAGUUCCACCUAUGUUUAAAAAUAAUAAUAUAUAUAAUUAUUUUUAUCAAUUCAUCAAUUUUGUAUGUACGUAUUAGUAUUGUUUUGAUUAGCAGUUAAUUGUUAAUCAUUAUUAUUUUUAAAGGAAAAUGUAUAACAUCCAAAAAUCCAAGGGGAAAUAGAAUUCACCACAUAUUUUUUUUUUGAAAAUCACCAUUAAAAGAGAUUUAUUUUGUUGUAUUAUUAACAUUUUAUGUCAUUGUUAUUUUAAAUUAUAGUUAGUCUUAGACUUUAGACUUAAUCUUUAUGAUCACAUAAUUAAGUUAUUUAAUGUACGGAAUUAAAAGUAGUUCAUAAAAUUAUAAAUUAUCAUUGUUGUGACUGUUACUAACUUAUUAUCUUAAAAACACUUUGAAAUACAUUUAUACUAACUAAA